AUGCAAUUUAUAUAUACCUUACCUAGGUUGGAGGGUUCUGCGGCAGACUCUAGGGUGCUCCAAGAUGCAAUAUCAAGACUAAAUGGAUUGAAGGUUCCCCAAGGUUACUUCUAUCUUUGUGAUUCGGGAUAUCCUAAUGGCGAAGGAUUUCUCACACCAUAUAGAGGUCAACAUUAUCAUUUAAGUGAAGGGAGACAAGCUCGACAACCACAAACACUGCAAGAGUUAUACAAUUACAAACAUUCUUCUGCAAGAAACGUUAUUGAGAGGUGUUUCGGAUUAUUAAAAGAAAGAUGGGCAAUACUUAGAGGAAAGUCAUACUACCCUACGAAGGUUGCAUGCAGAAUUAUAUCUGUAUGUGCCCUUCUUCAUAACCAUAUUAGGAGGGAGAUGCCAGUAGAUCCUCUUGAGUAG